AUGAGCAACAGAUUCCUGGGCACCUGGAAACUUGUCUCCAGUGAGCACUUUGAUGAUUACAUGAAAGCUCUGGGUGUGGGGUUAGCCACCAGAAAACUGGGAAAUUUAGCCAAACCCCGUGUGAUCAUCAGCAAGAAAGGGGAUAUUAUAACUAUAAGAACUGAGAGUACAUUCAAAAAUACAGAGAUCUCCUUCAAGUUAGGUCAGGAAUUUGAAGAAACCACAGCUGACAACAGGAAAGCAAAGAGCAUUGUAACCUUGUCAAGAGGCUCAUUGAAUCAAGUGCAGAAAUGGGAUGGCAAAGAGACAACAAUAAAAAGAAAGUUGGUGGAUGGGAAAAUGGUAGUGGAAUGUAAAAUGAAGGGCGUGGUAUGCACCCGAAUUUAUGAGAAGGUCUGAGAAAAAUCAUUUCCUCAUUGAAGUGAUAUUUGAUCAUUUGAGGUUGGAAAUCAACAGUUUUCGUUGGCAAGACCCGACUAUACUGCAAUUUGUUUGUUUUUGCUUUUGUCUUAAUAGAUCAGAUAGGUAAAGGCCUAAACUGAGGAUUAAUCUAAAAUUAAGUGUUGUUUAAACAUUUUUAAUUUACAUGCAUUUCCUUACUAUAUUAAAGUAUGUAUAUUGGCCAGACCUAAAUAGUUGACAUUGUGAUUUAAUUAUCUGUGAAAUUCUAACUCGUGUUGUACUUUGUAUACAGAAAUGAUAGUAAAGCAAAUAAUCUGAUAGUAAAAGGAAGUAAAUGUAUUGAUUGGGGUAACAGGAGGAUGAUGGGGAGGAGGAUCAGAAGUGAAACAAACUACAGGAAGGAGCUGUUUUAAAGCAGAGUUCUAUUUCAGCUAAAAGGGCAGCCUCUACUCCAGCUGAUUUUUUUAAAUUGAGGGAUAAUUUAUGGACAGUGAAAUGCACAGACAUUAAGGGUAGAGUUCAAUCCAUCGUGACAAAUACAUGCACACAUAUAACUCACAUCCUGAUCAAGAUAAUGGUACAUUUCUAAUCCCAGAAAGUUUUCUCAUGCCUCUUCCCAGUCAAUGUCCUGCCCUGU